AUGGAGCCUAACGUUGCUGAAUCACUAGAAAAGAAGUACAAACCCGAGGACAGAAAUUUAGUUGAUAUUGCGAGAAAGAUUCGUAACGCUAAAGGAGAAGUCUCAUUCAAGGAUUCGGAGUAUGUCAGCUGGAACAACACCGAGCCGGUGAUCAUUAGAGGUUCGGAGAUAUUGAAGAUUGUCAUACGAGGUCGUAUCGCUAUUCACUUAGAAUAA